CUCUGUCAUCUCAGCAGCAAAUCACCCAGCACCAGAAGCUCUCCUCGCGAAACCUUUCCGCUUGCCUUGCGAAAACAAAAAUAAUCCGUACCCAUCGCGGGUUUUCGGGGCCGUUGUUCGCGGGCUCACGGUUCGGUGAAACGCCGUGCGUGUGGUGAGCCACGAUCCCUGAUCGGCCGCUCCGUUCUCCUGUGUCCGUUUCCUUCGUUCCCCCGCGGAACCAAGCUGAGCGCGUUCGUCGGGUGCCGCUCGCGCGCGCCUUGUGCGGAAGUUACGGUGGGAAAUUUACACGGCAUCCUUCCGCGAUCGUUCGACUCCGACGCCACCGGACCGGGAAACGGAAGUGUGAAGCAGCAGAAUCGCCAACGUUCCGGCCCGCUAAGCUUGCCUUUUUUGGAUGCCCGUUUCCGUCGCACAGUGAAGCCAGUUGUUUACCUUCUCUCAACACGCCUCCUCACCCCUGCCCGUGCGUCCUGUUCGUCCACAUACAACGCCUUUCUCGUCCGCACGGAACUUCGUCAUCACCGAUAGAAAUCGUACUGGUUUUGCCGGAUACGGAAAUCUGUUCAGCACUUGCUCCCGUGUGGUGCUUAGUGUCCAGGCGAACCACAAGAAAUCAUCGCCGAUAAAGGACUUUCCGGCAGAAAGAGAGAAAGAGAGAGCGAUACAGCAGCUUCAGCAACGAUUGCGGGGUUGUUACCUUGGUGAACAAUAUGAAACCGAGGCGGCGGUGAUUCCUUCGAUUGGUUUACUGAAGGCACGCAAGGAAACCAGUGUUGUGCACACGUACAAUCCCAUACAUACACACAUACACCAUUGAUGGUUGUGAUAGUGAUGGUUGUGGCACCCUGAGCGGGGAAUGCUGUACGAUUAUCAGCCGCAAGUUUAUCAGCAGCAGCAGCAGCAGCAGCAUCAUCAUUGUCGUCAUCGUUUCCUGCCAGCCAGCAGCAGCAGGAGCACCAUGCCGAAGAAGGAUUCGAAAUCAGAAGAUGGUAGUGGUGGUGGUGGCGGACGAAAAAGUAAAAUGAGUGCGGCGGCCGCUGCUAAACUGGAACAGCAGCAGCAGCAGCAACAGCAGCAACAGCAGCAGCAGGUAAGAAGGAGAAAAGAUCGACGGGAUGACAUGAAGGCUGGAGGGCGACCCGGUUCCGUGGGACCCGGUGGUCCGGGCGGUAUGAAAGGCGCCAACUCCUCGGAUGUCUGCAGUAUUAACAGUGGCGGCAGUGGUCCUGGCGGUGGGGGCGGCGGCAGUGGAGGCCCUGGUGGUGGUCUCGGUGUGGGCAUCGGUCCGAACAGUGGCGGCGUCAUGGAUGGUCUGGGCAAGGGCGGUAUGGGCCCGGGACCGGGACAUCUCGAUGGGCAUCAUCCGGGCGGGCUAGAUGGCAAAAUGAAUGCCGGUGGACUGGCGGGACUGAUGGGUGGCCAGAAACCCUCGAACAAACUGGAGUACACGCAGCAGCAGAGCCAGAUCUUCGUAUUUUCGACGGCACUAGCGAACAAAGGCGCGGAAGCGGUACUGAGCGGACAGUUCAACUCGAUCAUCGCUUAUCACUGUGCGCAAAUGCAGAAACGCAACCAGCUCGCCGGUGGACCGUGCGGCGCAGGAGGAGGUGGCUUAGGCCCUGGUGGACCCGGUGGACCGGGUGACGAGAUGAACAGUGGCGGUAACAGUGUCGGACCGGGGGCAAUGUCUCCUUGGAUGGAACAUCAUCAUGGGCAGCAUCAUCACCACGGAUCACCGGAUCAUCAUAUGCGCGGUGGUGGUGGUGGCGGUGGUGGCGGUGGCGGCGCUGGUAUGAUGGGUCCGGAUGGAAUGAAGAAAUCGGCUACCAUUCAUCAUACGGCCAACUCAUCCUGCCUGGGAGGCGAUGGAGAUGGUGGUACCGGAGGACCGCCCGGUGGUGGAAUGGCAUCCAUGUUCGGCGGUGCUGGUGGUGGCCCUGGUGGUCUCGUAGAGCACCAUAUGCGUAUGGCCGGAGGGCCGGGUUCGGGUCCGGAUCCGUCGGUGAUGGGCAAAAAGUCGGCAACGAUCCAUCACACAGCGAACCCGUCGGGCGGCCCGGGCGGUGGCUGCAUGGAUCCCGAUGGUUCCGGCUUGCCAAUGUACCCGGUUGGUGGCGACGGUGCCGGACACAUGAGAAUGGGUGGUCCGGAUGGAAUGUCGAAACCCGGUACGAUCCACCACACUCCGAAUUCAUCUUCUUGCAUGGAAAGUGGCGGCGGUGGUGGUGGUGGUGGAGUAGACGGUGACCCGACGAUGACGGGAGGCCAUCCGGGAGUAAAGAUGGAGAACCCAUCCCCCGUUGGAUCGCACAUUUCACCAAGUGGCGGCGCUGGUGGCAGCGGUCCUGGCAGCAGUGGUGGAUCCGGUGUCCCCGGUAGCGGUCCUGGUGGAAUGGGAGGAAUGCCCACAGGCGCCGGUAGUGGUGGUGGUCCGAUGGGUGGCGCAGGUGGUAGCCACUCGAGCUCGACGAUUAUCGAUCAGAUGAACUCGCUGGUUGCCUCGCUACCACUGAUGAAGGGUGGCAACGUGUUGUCACAGUCGCGUGGUCAUCCGCAACCGUCGCUCCAGGGCGUGAAGGUACCGGAUGAAAAUUUGACGCCACAGCAGCGACAACACCGGGAGCAACAGCUGGCCACGCUCCGGCAGAUGCAGAAAAUGUUUUUUCCUGAGCAGCGCGGCAUGAUGCCGGAUCCGCACGGGAUGGGCAUGAGGCCGCAGUUCCGUGGCGGUGUCGGCGGUGGGAUGGGUAUGCCGCCUGAUUUCGGUGGUGGACCACCGAACCGGCCCCUCAAUCCAGCCUUCAUGAACACACCGAUGGGCAUGGAUGGGCCAGGACCAGGUCCCGGACCGGGACCCGGUAUGAUCAACGAGCAGAUCCCUCCGAUGCAAUACAACAAACCGAAUAUGAUGAACCCGGGCAUGUACGGCAUGGCUGGUGGUGGUAAUGGUGGCAAUGGAGGGGGACCAAUGGGUGGCCCGAUGGGAGGCCCUGGGCCCAUGGGUGGCGGUGGACCCAUGGGCGGUGGUCCUGGGGGACCGAUGGGAGGAGGUCCGAUGAAUCGUAUGUACAAAGCAGAUCCCGAUCCCAUCUUCCCCCCAAUGACCGAGAUGGGUGGCGGUGGAGGUGGUGGCUACGGUGGUAACGGCGGCGGCGGUGGCAGCGGUGGUCUCAUGAACAACCACGGUCCCGGCAUGUUCGGCGGAAAUCCUGGUAUGCAGCGAAUGGGAGGCAUGCCGCCCGGAGGCGGUGGUCCCAUGGGUGUCGGUCCUGGUGGCCAUAUGAUGGGACCGAAGAUGGGUUCCGAGCAUCCAUCGAUGCUCGGUGGCCAUCCGAUCCCUCAAUCUCCGCUCAUGGAUGACGAUCUCACCAAGGCUACGAUGCAGCAACAGCAACAACAACAACAGCAGCAGCAACAACAAAUGAUGCUUCCCGCAAAUCCUCCUCUUCCGCAGCCCGGUACUCCGACCGGUGGUGGUGGUGGUCUAAUCGGUAGCAAUGGCGGUGGACCCAUGGGCAUGAACAAUCCCAAUGGUGGCGGUGGACCGGCUAGUGGUGGUGCUAAUGGAACGGCAAAUGGCGCGGGCAAAACGAAAGAACCCUCCGUCUCACCUGAGCAGGUGGGCGGUGGCGGUGGUCAACAGGGACCAGGCUCUAAUCAGCAACAGCAGCAAGGACCCGGCAGUCAACAGGGCCCGCUAACCCCACAAACCCCCCAGGGUGGACAGCAGACGCCCGGUCAACCGCUCACGCCACAGACGUCGAUGGCCGGUUCGUAGGACCACGUAGGACCUACCAAAAUCCCUCCUCCCUCCCCACAUCAUUCGUCCCUGUUGCUUCCCGUACUUCCUCCAAACUCCACUACCAUGCCCUGACAUGACAGUUCUCCCACUCCCGGAAUCCAAUCCCGAUCACGCUCAUUCCCCCGGAAGGAACAACAAAUCUGCCUUAUCACUGAACCGAGUACGAGAAUACGAAAGCGAGACAAAAGCGAGAGGAAAUUGCAGCAGCAGUCAUUGUAGCAAACACAACAAAGCAAAAAGCAUAAAAAAUAUUGAAAAUACGAAAACAAAACGACAUUUUACCGAGCAGAGAGUGCUAGAGGAGUAGCAGCGAAAUACAAAAUACAAAAAUAGAGAAGAUGCAGAAUAUAAUCAUAAGAAGGCAGGAACAUAAGAUAGGGAGCGCGCGAAUAGUGAUGUUGCAAUUCAGCUCGCGGAAGCGGAUAGGAGGGGUAUGGGCUACUCAGAGAACUGAUUUCCAGCAAUAAGGGCUACCCCAUCAAAGGUGUGUGUCCUCGAAUAGCAUUAUUGAUACUACGUUCUGACGUGAAGACGAUGACGGGAUCGUGGAUCCGUCGUAGGCCUUCAUGUCUUCAUUUGCUUGGCGCUCCACAUGCCCAGAACCCCCGCUCAUUAAGCCACCUCACCAGGUUCACUUUGGGUACCCUUCCGUCGGCAACAAGUUUCAGCUCAAUAAACAUGAAUGCUCGCUCUUCUCGGAAAAUUUAAACAGAACGUGGCUUCGGAGGUUUCCUCAUUUAAAAAGAUUUCAUAUCGGACCUGGAUCGGACAUCUUUACUUAUAAUGGCACCCUAGGAUGCAGCAUCUAUGCCUACAUGGAUCUAAGAAAGAACACUCUGGAUUGUACGAUAUCAGAGAAUACGAUUUAUCAAAGGUUGCUAUAGCAACAGCAGCUUAUUGCAAUACAGCUCGCAGAAGAAUACUUAAUUAGAAAACCGUACACAAUGGCUCCGUCAGUUCAUUUGGUUUU